AUGCGCUUCAAGCCAGUCUUUACAUUAUUGCCUUUCCUGCUGCUGCCUACCGGAGGUCGGGCCUCUUCGCACGAUGACGCGCGGGUGGAAAAUUGCGUGAGGAACCACUGCGGGAGCCAUGCGUCCAGACCGUCCAACAACACCUACGAGACGAUGUUUCCGGGAGUAAUAUGGGAUGAAGACCAAUGGGUUCUGACGACGAGCAUUCUCGAUCAAGGACAUUACCAAUCUCGCGGCUCGGUCGCUAACGGCUACUUCGGCAUUAGUGUCUCCAGCGUCGGCCCAUUCUUCGAGCUCGACCUGCCAGUCGCUGGUGAUGUGAUCAACGGCUGGCCGCUGUAUUCGCGACGGCAGUCCUUCGCUACGAUAUCCGGAUUCUACGAUUUGCAGGCGGAAACUAACGGGUCAAACUUCCCGUGGAUGAACCAAUAUGGGGGCGAAAGCGUCAUUAGUGGCGUACCUCACUGGAGCGGCCUCAUUCUAGACAUCGGCGACGACGAUUACCUUGAUUCGACGGUGGACAACGAAACGCUCAGCGAUUUUGAGUCUAGCUACGAUUUCAAAGCGGGUGUUCUUUCGUGGUCGUAUACUUGGAGGCCAGUGGGCGAUAAGGGAUCCUACGCGAUCACGUAUCGGCUUUUUGCUAACAAGUUGAAUAUCAACCAGGCUAUUGUGGAUCUGGAGAUUGUACCGUCGCAAGAUAUCCAAGCGACAAUUGUUAAUGUCUUGGAUGGGUAUUCUGCUGUUCGGACGGAUUUUGUGGAGUCCGGGGAAGAUGACGGCGCUAUAUAUUCUGCGGUCCGACCAUGGGGCAUCCCGGAUGUUGCUGCCUAUCUGUAUGCAAACAUCACUGCGUCUGAACAUGUAGAUCUUUCCUCUCGCAACCGCGUACAUGGCAAGUCUUAUGUGAGCACCAACGAGUCGUCUAUCGCCCAAGCGUUCGACGUCAAUUUUGUCGCCAAUGAGAAAGUCCGAGUUACCAAGUUCGUCGGUGCUGCGUCCACAGACGCAUUCUCGGAUCCUCAGGCGACCGCAAAACGAGCGGUAUCUGAUGCUCUUACUGCUGGGUACGAACGUUCUUUGAGAUCCCAUGUCCAGGAAUGGGCAAACAUCAUGCAUGAAGAUUCCGUCGAUCGAUACGUAGACCCUCGGACCGGAAAGCUCCCAGAAGACGAGAACAUUAUCAACUCGGCCAUCAUCGCAGUUGCCAAUACCUAUUACCUACUGCAAAACACGGUCGGGAAGAAUGCUAUCCGUCUCCUGCCCAAUGCAUCUCUCAAUGAUAACAGCUUUUCGGUCGGUGGCCUGGUCUCUGAUUCGUACGGUGGUAUGAUCUUCUGGGAUGCGGAUGUUUGGAUGCAGCCCGGGCUCGUCGCUUCUCACCCGGAGGCUGCCCAGGCUGUGACAAAUUUUAGAACAAAGAUGUACCCGCAGGCGCAGAAGAACAUCGAGACGACCUACACCGGGUCCAAGAAUCAGACCUACAUCGACCCGUCGGCUGCGAUCUACCCAUGGACAAGCGGUCGCUUCGGUAACUGCACGGGCACCGGAGCUUGCUGGGACUACCAGUACCAUCUGAACGGCGACAUUGGGCUCUCACUGAUCUAUCAAUGGGUGACGAGCGGCGAUACCGAGACAUUCCGAGAAGAGCACUUUCCGAUUUACGAUUCGGUUGCCGCGUUGUAUGGGAGCAUUGUGGAGCGCAACGGGAGUUACUGGACCUUGACCAACAUGACGGAUCCUGAUGAAUAUGCAAACCACAUCGAUGCCGGUGGGUUCACUAUGCCGAUGAUUUCCGAGACGCUCGUGUACGCCAAUGAAUUCCGCCAGCAGUUCGGCCUUGACCCGAACGAGACAUGGUCGGAGAUCUCGGACAAUGUCCUGAUGUUGCGGGAGAAUGGGGUGACACUGGAGUACACGACAAUGAACGCCACCGCCGUAGUCAAACAGGCUGAUAUCGUUCUCGUUACGUAUCCUUUAGUCUACGACAACUACACCGCGGAAACGGCAUUGACUGAUCUGGACUACUAUGCUAAUCGACAGUCUGCCGACGGCCCGGCGAUGACCUGGGCUAUCUUCUCCAUUGUCGCGGGUGCCGUUUCGCCAUCUGGAUGCUCAGCGUACACCUACCAUCAGUACUCGUAUGCUCCGUAUGCGCGAGCGCCCUUCUUCCAAUUGUCGGAGCAGAUGUUGGAUAACGCCAGCAUAAACGGAGGCACCCACCCGGCGUACCCGUUCCUGACCGGUCACGGCGGCGCCAAUCAAGCCGUCCUCUUCGGCUAUCUUGGCCUUCGAUUGCUUCCCGAUGAUUCCAUCCAUAUUGAACCGAACCUGCCGCCGCAAAUUCCGUAUGUGAAGUACCGGACCUUCUACUGGCGCGGAUGGCCAAUCUCAGCCCAGUCCAACUACACUCAUACUGUGAUCCAGCGCGCGCAGAGCGAGCCACUGGACACUGCCGAUCGCCGGUUUGCAAACGCCUCCAUUCCUGUGUAUGUUGGUCUAGCAGACAAUGCAACGUUGUACCGCCUGCCUGCACACGGACGCCUUACGGUUCCCAACCGACAGAUUGGUACGAUCAACACGAUCGAGGACAAUCUCAUCCAGUGCAGCCCAGUCUUCUCGAGCGAUGACUUUGAGCAAGGCCAAUUCCCGAUUUCGGUCGUCGACGGUGCGACCUCGACGCGCUGGCAGCCAAGCUCUUCCAACGCCAGUUCUGUCACAGUCGACGUGGGCUACACGAUGGAUCGAUCGCUCACAGUCGCAUCUGGAUUCCACUUUGAUUGGGCGGCGGCACCCCCUAUCAAUGCAAGUGUGAUGUUCCACGAUGUGCCCCUGCAGGACCCCGUGGCGGCGUUGAGCUCCCCAGGACCGAACGUUCGGAUUGUAGCGAACCUGACCAAUAUCGAGCAGUCUGGGCCGUACGACCCAGAGGGCACGGACUUGGAUAAGAUCCAAAUCCCGGUCGGAAAUAGCACCACAAUUCAACUCGAAGGGCAGGUUCCGGUUGGGCGGUACGCGACAUUGGUAAUAUCAGGGAACCAGGCCCUUGCGGAUGGAGACGAUCAGGUUGGCGCGACCGUGGCCGAGUGGGCGAUUCUCGGGCCCAACUCGGGCAGGGCACAGCGACGCAUCAAGCGAGUGCCUCUUUUGUAA